AUGCCGGCCACCCGCAGAAGUCAGUCUCAUCACGAUUCUACCGUUGGCAAUGCUACUGUCAAGAAGAUUACUGUGUUCAGGAAUGGCGACGCCGUUCAUGGCAGUAUCCAGGUUUGAACUGAGAUGCUUGUUCGGUGUUAAAUGAGGCUUCUGCGCCUUUAAACAUAUUUCUCGUGCUCAAAAUUUUUUUUGAAGUCGGAAGGAUCUUACGGGCCCUUUGAGCGCCCGUUAUGGGUACAAAAGGUUUUCAUUAAUUGUUCCUAAGUUGUUCCCUUUUUACUGCCUUUUUUCCGUCCUUUCAUCGGCCUUCAUCCACCCUUUUUUUGGACCCUUUUCAGAAACACAAAAUCUAUUAAAUUAAGAAUUAUCUUUGCCAAUGACUGUGGAUGAACUAAAAUUUGAAAUAAAGGCUCAAUAAAGGCCGCAAAAGGGAACCCAUUUCGCGGCCAUUUUGCAUCCGUUUUCCGCGCUUCCGACUUAGGCAGUAUUUGAAAGCACAAAUCUGUAUUUUUGAGCUGAAAAAUGUCUUGAUUUUUCCUUAAUAAUAAUUUGAAAGCCUCUUCAAAAAAAGCUUCAGACAAGAUUUUCGGAGUGAUAAUAGUUUGAAAAAUCUUUUUGGGUAAUUUUUUUCUGAAAAAACCUUUGAACUCAAUUUUUAAAACAAGCUUCAUCGAAGUUUCAUCUUCCUUCUCUCAAAAGUGAAGAGAUUAAAUUUGGAAAAGCUUUUUUUGCGCAGAUUUUGAACACAUAUUUGAAAAAAGUUUAUAGAGAGAUUGGAAAUUUUAAAUUGAUCUAAAGGGUCUACUUUUCUGGCUUUGUUGAUCCCUUCCUGAGGUAUUUUUUUGCGUUUCUCGGAAUGAAAUCGUCCCGAAAGCCUUUUGUUCAAUUUUCCAAAUGAAUGAAAGAAGAAGACGGAUGGAUGGAUCAACGUUUAAUUGAAAUUCGCACUUUGAUUGCUUCCCGAUCUUUUGGGAAUUAAUCAAACUGGCGUUUAUUCUUCAUUUUGAAGACUUUUGAAAGCUCUAACCCGUAGAAAAGUUAAAAGGAAGAUUAAUUUAUCGAGAAAAAAAAAUCAAAAAAUUCAGAUGGUCGUGAACAACCGACAAAUACGGGAUAUGAACAUCUUGCUGGAAAAUAUUAGUCAACGAAUCGGGUUGAUAAACGGCGCCAAGAAACUUUAUACGACUUCUGGAGUUCUUAUAAAGUCCAUUGGAGAUUUGCAAGACGGCCAUGUGAGUUUCGACUUUUUUUAUGACACUUUGAAGCGCCAGAGUGGUCCCUAGAGAGGUAACUAUAGGGACCACUUCACUUUUCACUGUAGGGGCUCCUGAAGCUUGCAAGAGUGGCCACUCUAGGGAGAAACUUGCGUUUAUUUUUCAUUUUAUUUCUAUUAUUUUUAUGAAAAAUGUUUACAGAAGGUAGUUUUAUGAAUUUUUAAUAUAUACGUCUUCUUAACUUUGAAAUGAGGACAAUAACUUAAAAAAAUCACUUUAAUGGCCACUUGAGCUUUGGAGUCAGACCCUGAACCCCUAAAGAGAACACCUUGAGUUUAACCCCUAGAGGGACCACUUUCUAGGCCUCUAUAGGGCUGUUUUCCCUUCUAACCCCUAUAGGGACCCCUCUGGAAUUCCUUUAAAAAAAAUCAAUAUUGUUAUUUUUUAAGCAGAAAAUGCUCAAUUUUUAAUUUUCUGACGCAGCUUAAAUUUAAGAAAAAAAUGCUCGAAAAAUGUCUCUUUUUAAAGUCUUUUUCACUUUUAGCGUUAAUAAAAUCAAAAAUUUUUUUCAAUCGAAACCCGAUUAGAUCGUUAGAGCGCACUUUCUGACAACCUAGCCAUGAAUAAACUAUUAUUUUUUUGAAUAUUUUUUUUCAAACUUUUUUUCAAUGAAAUUCUCAAAACUAUCAUUAAAAAUAACCUUUUUAGAGCUACGUUGCUUCCUCGAAUCACUACACACCUCUACCAUAUGGCGGUGUUAACAAGUAAUUUUAUUCUAUUUGAAAAUAGAUUUUUUUUCAAACUUCAGAAAGUCAAAGAAGCCGAAAAUCCACAAGGAGGAAGAAAAUCACCAGCCACUCGUCGAUGAGGAGACUCAAACGAAGAAGAAGAAGAAGAAAAUUCAUAAAAAGGUAUUCUUUUAUAAGAAAUAGAAAUAUUUUGAAAUUCCAGGAAGUCGAAGCUGUUGAGAAGCUGGAGAAACAAGAAAAGCCUGGUAAAUUGAAAAGUUGGUCGUUUCUUCCAAGAUUUUUAGAGGUUCUUCAAAAAUUCAGAAAAGAAGGCUCGAAGCAGCAGUCGGAAAGCUGAGGAGAAGAAGAAGAGCGAAAUCGAGGAUGACGUCAUUUCUGAGAGGUAUUUUCCACGAUUUAAGAGAAAUCCCGUAAAGGUCCGAAAGAGUGGUCCCUAUAGGGAUUUAGGGUCUGACACCUUAGCCGCUAAAGCUGAACUGAAACUCUAG